AUGCCAAGAAAAAUUUCAUCAGAAUCAGAAUCCACUUCAAAUGACACCGCUGAAAAUGGUGAAGAUUUAGUCACGGGAGUUUCUGUUUCGCAAGAGAAAGUGGUUGAUCAACCUUCUAAAGACAAUAAUAUGGACGAUACUGUCGGGAGAAAAUCAUCGUCAAAAGAUCAAAUCUCACAGUCCUUCUUUUUCAAUGACGAUAUCACUGGUCAAAGGUACGCAGAAUCAUCAAAGCUUCCAGAAAUGCGACAUAUUCAUGGUACAAAAAUUAUGUGGAAACGAACACAAAACGUACUCGAACUACCAAUUCUCGGACAUUUUCGAACCUACGAAAAACGUGUGGAACGAUCACGUCCAAAUCCAUGGCGUCGACAUGGAGCACUGUUAAAAAUUUAUGAAGUUGGCGGUUGGGUUUCAAAAAUGGAGAAGCAACAAAUUAGUCGUCGAGAUCGAAAAUAUUUUUACGUAAAAGCAGGAACUAAACCAUGCAAUCCACCAUCACGUCCACCAAUUAGUAUUCGGGAGAGCAAAUUCCUGCCACCUUCGUCAAUUAACAUUCCACCAUUAACGAGUCGAAGCAUUGAUGAAUUAGCAUUUUUAGCAGCUGUACAUAUUCAAGAAGCAACCCAGAAUGCUACAUCGAUCUUUCUGGAAUCACAUCAAAUCAGAACAGAGGAACGAGUUAGAAUUGGCUCGAGAAAUGGCAAUAAUUCGAAUGAAAAAGUGAUAUCAAGAGAAAAAAUUUCUUCUGCUCAACGAUUACCUGAUUUCCACAAUUGGACACGAAUGUCACGAGAAUUAAAAGAGGAGAAAGAAAGCAGACCUAUCAUUCCAAUUUGCGUACCAAUGAAAAAUUGUACAACGGAUUCGGACUGUAGUGGUGGAAAAUGUUUGGGUAUUGCAAUUGGCACAUGCAAUUGUGGUGCAUGUCUACAGUUUGCACCGUGUAAAUUUGAUGCAGAUUGCGGUGGCUUACGAGGUGCAUGCAACAAUGAAAAAUAUUGCGACUGUGACAAAGGCUUCAAAUGUGCUGGUUUAAAGGGUAUCUUCGAUGCUUUAUUAACGGUAUGCAACCGGAAAGAAUGUAUACCAAAUACAUCGUCCUGUUUUGGCCUGCCAUGUAAUAAUGGAAUAUGCUCAUGUGCUGGCCAACCAUAG